UUACCUACGACUCGCCGCUGACUAUGGAUUUCCGCUGAAAGGAAAAAAAAGAAAUGAUAUCUUUAUCUCAAAGAAAAGAUCUGCCUUCGACAUUUGUUCGUCCAGUUGCUUCAUUCAACGAAAGCGAUGUCACAUGUAGAGCGGAAAAGAAUAAUUUCGAUAUUUGUAGAGUUUUGAAACUACUUACUGAUCCUCAUACAGAUUUUAUGUAUGAAAGGCACAAAAUAGCGUUGAGGAAUUUGAGGACUGCAAAUCCGCUUGGUGUUAAUAUACAUGAUCUUGUACAUUAUCAAAAUAUUUUAAAAGUAUGCGCUGAACGUGUUCUACAUUUACCGGAUGUUUAUCAUCAAAUAUUUCUUGAAUUAAUUCAAUUAUGUGGCAAAUCAUUUUUGAAAAUUUUUAGUUCAGAUGAAAUGAAUUAUUUCAAUGUAGCAGUAGAUUUUAUAAAUCACUUUGGAUAUCUUUUACAAUUGAAAAAUGUUGAGAUCUGUACAAGUGUUUGUUAUUCAUUGGAACAGUUCUAUUUUAAAGAAAGUCAAUUAAAAGAUAUACCUGAAGAGCGUCAAGUACAACCAACAACAAAAAAGUUCAAUCAGAAAGUUGUUUGUCAUAGUGAUAUUAUUGAAUCUUUAUUAAAAUGUUACUGUGAAAUAGAUCAAUCUGAUGCUCUUUGUUUAACUAUACUGAUAAUAAUGGAUAAACUAACUAAACAUUCCGAAGUUUGUUCAAAUAAAAUUAUAUUAAAAUUAGGCGCUCAAUUCAUUUGUAAUCGAUUAGUAUUACCAAUUAUAUCAAAUGAAUUCUUAUCAAGAUCAAUCUCUAUACUUUGGAAUUUAAUUGAGAAUACAACAAGCGAUCCAAUGAAAAUAGAAUGGAUGAAACAAAUUGGAAGUGAAGAAUGUUUAUUGAAACUUCGUGAUAUGUUUUUUACAUUAUUGGCUCAAAGUCAUUCAAAACUAUGCCGUCAUUUACGUAAUGAUAUAUUAACAAUAAUAUUGUUGGUUGUAAAACAUGCUAAUACUUAUGGUUUAUUAAAACAAAUACGUUUAAUUGAAUCUGGUUUAAUACGUAGAUUAGUACAAUUAUUAACAUUUGAUGAAUUUAAAUGUAUGAAUCCAUUGUAUAAAAAUUUGAAAUUAUUACCAAAUGAUGAAAAUUUCGAUAUGAAACGAUUAAUUCUUUCAAUACUGAUUGAAAUAUGUCAUGAUCCAGCGGCAAUUUAUACUAUGUCUACAUCAGGUCUAAUUAAAGGUUUAUUUCAAUGGAUAUGUCCAGUGAUACAUGCAAACCCACAACAACAACAUGAACAAAUCAAAUCUGACCUAAACGCCAAUCCAACACAAUCAUCCAAUGUAAAUCAAUCAAAUAACUUAAAAUCUUCAUAUUUACCAUUGAAAAAUUGUAAUUCCUAUUCAUCAGAUAUAAAAGAUCACAUCAUUAAUGGUGAUAACUACAAUAGUCUUAAUCAAACAUUAACAAUAGAGAAGAUAUCUGAAAAUUCAGAUCAAGAUAUUCAACGAUCAGAUCUAUACAACGAUGAAGAGAAUAUGAAUAGAAAUGAUAAUUCUCAAUGUAAACAAGAAAUUGAUUUAAUACGUAAAUGGCCACAAGCAUAUUUAGAAGAAUUACAUUUGUAUAUGCUUGAUUCAUUGGCUAUUUUAGCUCCAUAUUUAUUGGAUGAUUGUUUAAAUUAUGGAAUUCCAUCAAGAUUAUUAAUUUUAUUACAAUGGUGUAUAAGUCCAGAACCAUUUCUUGGACAAGGGAAUAGUUUCCAUGGUAUUGGUGGUCGUAAUAGUAAACGAGCACAAUUACGUUAUUCAUUACGUUUAAUAAGAAGUCUUGUUGAAACGAAUGAUGAACGUAUUAUUACGGAUUUUGUCUGUCAAGGUUUAAUUCAAUUCCUUAUACCAUUAAUUUGUCCAAUAUCAUCAAGAGUAAAAUUAGAACGAUCACAUGAUGAAUUAUUCAAAUUUGGCAAUCUAUUGUUCACUGAAAAACAUUCUGUCAAAGAAAAUAAUUCACAAACCAUCUAUUCAGACUAUCAACAAUAUUUAAAACAAACAAAAGAGAUUAUGGAAGAGGAUAAUGUAGGAUUAGAAAUGCAAUGUGAUAUAUUACUUAUAUUGUCAAAACUAUGCGGUACAGCACCUGAAAGAAAACAACUGAUUGGUAUAGAUGGUAUUCAUUCAAUUAUUAAAUUAUUAAAACAAUUAAUAAAACGUUUCACAUUAAUUCAAUCUAAUCAAUAUCGUUUAUUAAUUCAAUUGAAUGAAAAGCAAUUAACAAAUCAUCAAUUCAUUAUAUUACAUAAUAAACCAUUAAUUCAAUUAACUAAUGCAUUAAUUGAAUCAAUAUGGUGUUGUAUAAUUGGUUCAAAUCUAUGUGAAGAUUAUUUUCUAAUGAAUAAUGGUGCUAUAUAUUUACUUAAUUUAUUAGAGUGGUAUCCACUUGAAUCAAUCAAUUAUCUCUUAGGUUGUUUGGUAGAUUUAACAGAGAAUCCUAAAUGUUUACCAUAUCUAUCCUGUUGGUCUGGAAUUCGUCCAUUGAAUGAUAAUGAUGAUAAUGAUGAAGAGAAUAAUUUGAUACUGAAUAAUAGAAAUUCAAUUAAACAACAAUUAAACCAUUUAGAAUUAACAACUUCCCUAUUGAUGAAAUCACCUGAUCCUGUUGUUUCAACUAGAUUGCAUAAAAUUAUUUUAAACACUAACAAACAUACUACUGAUCAUCAUAAUAGUAAUAAUAUUCAUAGUAAUCAGGUACAUUUAAACAUGGCAAAUGAAAAAGGAGUCGAUUCAAAUGAGAUUUUCAAUCAAGAUUCUAUAAAUCCUUGUGAAAUAGAAGAAGUUAAUAAUAAUGAUGAUGAUGACAAAGAAGAAUCGAUCAAUAUUUGGUUAAAUGGACCUAGUUUAGCACAAUUACUCUGUUAUAUUUGGAGAUGGGAAGAGAAAAGAUUGAUAAAACAAAAACAAUUUGAUGGCUGAAACUUGGACAAAUAUACAAACUGAUUUAGAUAAUAAACAAAUUCGACCAAUUACACCAGAUAUAGAAUUAUUAUCAUGUAUAUGUGAAUGGUGUAAAAAACAAAUUAACAAUGUACAAUGUAAACAACAAGAAAUAUUAGAUGCUACAAAAACUUAUGAAUCAACUGAAGAACAAAAAUAUUAUUCAUCAAUAAGAAAAAUCAUACGUAAUCAAGAAUAUGCCAUGGAAAAUUAUAAUGACUACAUAGCAAGAACAUCAAAUCAUCAAUAUCUUAAAGAAGCUCGUAUUAAACAAUUAUCUGCGAUUAAUGCAUCACGUAUUGGACGAUUGAAUGAUUUCAAUAAAUCUUCCGAUAUCAAUGUCGAUACUCAAAAAAAUAAAUCGGAAUCAAAUCAGAUCACAAGUCAAUUAAGUAAAUGUUCAAAUUAUGAUAAAGGAUCCAGUAUAUAUCAUAAGACAGAUAUUGAUAAGUUGAAUGUGACAGCUUUCUGUUCACAAACUAUCAAUAUUGAUUCAACACCAAAACAACUAUUUCAACAUCCAAGUAAAUUGGUAGAUGAAUUAAUUAAAUUAGUAGAAAGUAAUGAACAAGUACCAUUCAAUGAUAGUGAUAUUAGUGAUCAUGAAAUGAAAGAUUGAAUUUUAAUAAACAAAAAAACCAUAUCUUAGAUAAUUUGUUUCUUUUUUAAUCCCAGAGUGAACACCAACUCUCUGAGAUGCAGGUACGUCCAGUUGACGAGUCCAAAACAGGACGAAACGCGCGUCCUGGAUUCCACUGCUAGUCACUAUCCAUCUUUGCUUGCAAAAAGCUUGCGAAUUAAGGCAAUAUCGAGGCAUACGCACAGUAUGCACAUAUGCCAAUAACAGACUGAUCAAUUGCAGUCUUAAACCUCAAUGGGAAGAUACAAGCCAAACAAUACCAAGUGAAUCUUGUGAUUUGUUUAAGUUUUCAAAAAUAUUGUUAUAAGCAAAGAUGGAUGAUAGCAGUGGAAUCUAGUACAUCCAGUUGAUGAAUCCUAAAUAAGAUGAAACACGCGUCAUGGAUUCGAGGGCCAUUCACAAUCCACCACUGGAUAUGACCAUCAAAAUUGAUACCACGAUUAGAGGAACCACGACAAUCACAUAGAAAAACAGCAUAACCAAAAUGACAAAAUAAUUGAGCAUGAGCAAAUCUAUUUCAAGUAAUCAAUAGAAAGUAAACAAAUAUCAGUUACAAUCAC